AUGGCGUCGAGAAAGCGUUGAAUCACGGGUCUGGAGACAAGCAAAUCUCUUCCCCAGAGGCCCCCUAUAAAGAUGGCCAGACGUCGAGUGUCCCCCUUGAGCCUUGGCGGAUGCUUGCUACAACACGAACGGGCCAGGACAAGAUUACAAGCGGCCGGAACACCUGAAGCAAUCGUCGUCACCAUCUCGACGCAACCGAGCCAACACCCCGUUCAACAACACAGCCCACUCGCUACUCGACGCGGUAACAACACGAAAUAGGGAGGAAAGCCGAAGAUCCAUUCAUCCAUCUACCCAUUCAUCUCACGACCGCAACCAAAGCCACACAAUGCCCGAGCUACAGUCGUACAAUGGGUACUACCUCUGGCACUACGUGCCGAGCCUCGUAGCGGCCAUCAUCUUCGAGGUGCUCUUCGUCCUGGUGACGCUCUUCCACGCGUGGAAGAUUGCGAGGACAAAGACGUGGUUCUGCAUCGUCUUUUGCAUCGGCGGUCUUUUGGAAAUCAUUGGAUAUGCAGGACGGGCGAUCGCGCGCGAGAAGACGGGCGAGAUCGGGCCGUACGUGAUGCAGAGCGUGACGAUCCUGGUGGCGCCGGCGCUCUUCGCGGCGUCGGUGUACAUGACGCUGGGCCGCAUCAUCCGCAGCGUGCACGGCGAGUCGCUGUCGGUGAUCCGGAUCAACUGGCUCACACGCAUCUUCGUGACGGGCGACGUCUUCUCGUUCCUCGUGCAGGCGAGCGGCGCAGGGCUCAUGGUCAAGGACGGCAGCCAGGACAUGGGGCAGAACCUCAUCGUGGCGGGUCUCGUGAUCCAGAUCGUGCUGUUCGGCAUCUUCUGGGUGACGGCCAUCAUGUUCCACGUGCGGCUGGCCAAGUACCCGACCGAGGCGUCGGCCAGCGGACGGUCGCCGUGGCGGUCGGGCCUCUGGAUGCUGUACGCGGUCAGCGCCUUCAUCAUGGUGCGGUCCAUCUUCCGACUGAUCGAGUACGUCCUGGGCAGCGACGGCUACCCGCUGCAGAACGAGUGGACGCUGUACGUGUUCGACGCGACGCUCAUGUUCUUCGUCAUGGUCGCCUUCGGGUUCCGGUUCCCGGCGGCGUUCCAGAUCCGGAAGGGAGGGUCGCAGUCGACGUCGGACGUGGAGAACUACGACAUGACGGCGGAGACGAACGGAAGCCAGCGAGUGGCCAAGGGCAAGUCGAUGCGGUAAAGCAGCCGGGAGACGGAGGAUGGGGGGGGGGGGGUUCGUGAUGAAUUGUGUGUGGGACCAGUAACUUGUCAAGCGAACCACGACAGGUCGUUCGUUAAUAAGGACAGCGGGACAUGUAAUCAGAGAGAAGCUGGGGAUAAGUAAUCAUCCAUCUAUUACGAAAUAUC